CACCGUCAUGCGCGCAGGAUGGAUGUGAAGGAGCGCAGGCCGUACUGCUCGCUGAGGGAGAGUCGCAGAGAGAAGGAGAGACGCUACACACACUCGUCCGGGGGAGAAAGCGACGAGUGCCGCGUCCCCACGCAGAAAUCCUACAGCUCCAGCGAAACACUCAAAGCCUUCGAGCACGACUCGCAACGCCUGCUGUACAGCGGCCGCGCGAAAGAGAGAGAGCACAGAGACACGGACGAGUACAGCCGGCCAGGUGUGUGUGCUCAGACACACAUAAGUCAGAACUUCACCCUGAGGCAGUUGGGGAUCUGUGAGCCGGCCACGCGUCGCGGGUUAGCGUUCUGCUCUGAGAUGGGCCUCCCCCAUCGCGGCUACUCGGUUGGUACCGGCUCAGAUCUAGACGCUGACCACGAGGCGGUGAUGUCGCCGGACCGCGCCAUGCGUCUGUGGGGUGGGGGGGUGAAGUCCGCGCGCAGCUCCUGUCUGUCCAGCAGAUCCAACUCGGCCCUCACUCUCACCGACACGGAGCACGACAACAAGUCCGACAGCGACAACGGUUCUCCCAUGCCAUCCCCUCUCUGCAGUCCAUCUGAUCACUCACUCCAUCCUCCGCCCCGCAGCGCUGAGUCCGAGUCGGACGACGAGCUCACACACACGCACUGCAGAGAGCACACACACACUGCAGCCCAUGAGCAAGUGGCCAAUCAACAUCAGCAGGGCCAGUCGGCUCCUCCCGCCUUGCCUCCGGCUCCUCCCCCUCACAAGCCGUUGGUGACGGCGCUGAACCACAGCUCAGUGAUUGGCCGGCGGAACGGAAGCCCCGCCCCUCCUCCGCCCGCCGAGCUGCCCACCACACCCGAGUCCGUCCCGCUGCAGGACAGCUGGGUCCUGGGCAGCAAUGUGCCGCUGGAGAGCCGAAAAUUAACAAAGCAAGCAGUUCUCCAAAACGGCCAUGAGAGCCUGAUAGAGAUGGAUGCGUUGAAUCCCGUGAGCCAAGAGGGCGGCUAUGGAGACGGGCACUUCCUCUUUAAGACAGGCACAGGAACGACCCCACUGUUCAGCACGGCCACUCCGGGCUACACCAUGGCUACGGGGGCGGUGUACUCGCCCCCCACGCGGCCCCUGCCUCGUAACACGCUGUCCCGCAGCGCCUUCAAGUUCAAGAAAUCGUCCAAGUACUGUUCGUGGAGGUGCACGGCUCUCAGCGCGGUCGCCGUGUCCGUCCUUCUCUCCAUCAUCCUCUGCUACUGCGUCUCGAUGCAUCUCUUUGGACUGAACUGGCAGCUGCAGGAGACGGAUAAUUUAGCUUUUGAGAAUGGACAGGUCAAACCGGAUGGCACAACAUCUCAUGGAGUCACCACACUUUCAGCUGAGCAUGGUAAAGGGGGCGUGUACGUUCAGGAGAACAACACCAUAGACACAGGUGAGGUUGAUGUGGGGAGACGGGCGGUGCAGGACGUUCCUCCUGGAAUGUUUUGGCGUUCUCAGCUCUUCAUAGAUCAGCCGCAGUCACUCAAGUUCAACAUCUCACUGCAGAGGGGCGCACUCGUCGGAGUGUACGGGCGCAAGGGCCUGCCGCCUUCACACACUCAGUACGACUUUGUGGAGUUGCUGGACGGCAGCCGUUUGAUCUCGAAGGAGAAGCGAGGUCUGGUGGAAACAGAAGCAUCUCUGAGGAGAGCGAGAUCUGUGAACAUCCACGAGGCUGAAUUCAUCCGCUUCCUCGACUCUGGGAUCUGGCACCUGGCUUUCUACAACGACGGCAAAAACACCGAACAAGUUUCCUACAACACCAUCAUCAUUGAUUCUGUGACCGAGUGCCCUCACAAUUGCCAUGGCAACGGAGACUGUCGCUCAGGAACGUGUCAUUGUUUCCCAGGGUUCCUUGGGCCUGACUGCUCACGAGCUGCGUGCCCAGUGUUGUGCAGUGGAAACGGUCAGUACUCCAGGGGGCGCUGUUUGUGCUACAGUGGCUGGAAAGGCACAGAAUGCGACGUACCCAACAACCAAUGCGUCGAUGUCCACUGUGGCGGCCAUGGGAUCUGCAUCAUGGGGGCGUGUGUGUGUAAUGCCGGAUACAAGGGUGAAAACUGCGAGGAAGUGGACUGUCUUGACCCGUCGUGUUCUGGGCGAGGUGUGUGUAUCCGAGGUGUGUGUCACUGUAAUUCCGGUUUUUCGGGGCCGAGCUGUGAGCAGCAGAAAAUCCUUUGUCCUGAACAGUGCUCCGGUCACGGAAAGUACCAAAGCGACAGUGGAACCUGCACCUGUGAUGAGAACUGGACCGGGCCGGACUGUUCCAUUGAAGUGUGUGCGGUGGACUGCGGAAAUCACGGAGUGUGUAUGGGCGGCAGCUGCCGCUGUGAGGAAGGCUGGACCGGGUCAGUGUGUGACGUGAAGGCAUGUCACCCGCGCUGCACCGAACACGGAACCUGCAAAGACGGCAAGUGUGAGUGUCAUCAGGGCUGGACUGGAGAGCACUGCACCGUGGCUCACCCGGAGACGUAUGUCCAAGGAGAGAGGAUAGGAUUUAAAGAGGGAUGCCCGGGACUGUGUAACAGUAAUGGCCGCUGUACUCUGGAUCAGAACGGGUGGCAUUGUGUGUGCCAGCCUGGUUGGAGGGGGAUUGGUUGUGACGUCGCCAUGGAAACUCUCUGCGCAGAUGGCAAGGACAAUGAAGGAGAUGGCCUAGCGGACUGCAUGGACCCGGAUUGUUGUCUCCAGACCACAUGUGUGUCUCAGUCGUUCUGCCGCGGCUCCCCCGACCCCGCCGACAUCAUCAGCCACGGCCAAUCAGCUUCUCCGCAGCAGGCGGCGCAGUCCUUCUACCAGCGAAUCAGCUUCCUGCUCGGGCCAGAGGGCACGCAUGUCAUCACAGGGGACAACCCUUUCAACAAGAGUCUGGUCUCUAUAAUCCGAGGUCAGGUGCUCACUGCAGACGGAACGCCGCUGAUCGGAGUGAACGUCUCCUUCGUGCACUUCCCUGAACAUGGAUACACCAUCACCCGCCAGGAUGGCAUGUUCGACAUCCUGGCCAAUGGCGGCGCGUCUCUGACUCUGAGUUUUGAGCGCGCUCCCUUCCUGCCGCAGCAGCGAACCGUGUGGGUGCCAUGGAACGUGUUUUACGUGAUGGACACACUGGUGCUGAAGAAAGAGCAGAACGACAUCCCCAGCUGUGACCUGAGCGGGUUCGUCAGGCCCAGCCCACUCAUCGUGACCACGCCUCUUUCUACCUUCUUCAGAUCUGCACCUGAGAACGGACCGAUCAUUCCCGAGACGCAGGUUCUCCAGGAGGACACGGUGAUCCCGGGCAGCGACCUGAACCUGGUGUACCUGAGUUCUCGAGCGGCCGGGUACCGUCCCGUCCUGAGGGUCACCAUGACCCAGUCCACCAUCCCCUUCAACCUGAUGAAGGUGCACCUGAUGGUGGCUGUCGUGGGACGCCUCUUCCAGAAGUGGUUCCCUGCAGAACCCAACCUGUCCUACACCUUCAUCUGGGACAAGACGGACGCCUACAACCAGCGCGUGUACGGCCUGAGCGAGGCAGUCGUGUCUGUGGGGUUCGAGUACGAGUCAUGUCUGGACCUGAUCCUGUGGGAGAAGAGGACGGCCGUCCUUCAGGGUUACGAACUCGACGCUUCUAACAUGGGCGGGUGGACGCUGGACAAACACCACGUGCUGGACGUCCAGAACGGUAUUCUGUAUAAGGGCAACGGCGAAAACGUGUUUAUUUCCCAGCAGCCCCCGGUGAUCAGCAGCAUUAUGGGUAACGGGCGGAGGCGCAGUAUCUCCUGUCCCAGCUGUAACGGCCAGGCCGAUGGGAACAAGCUGCUGGCUCCUGUGGCUCUGGCCUGCGGGUCGGACGGCAGCAUCUACGUGGGAGAUUUUAACUACAUCAGACGCAUCUUCCCUUCAGGAAACGUCACCAGUGUCAUGGAGCUCAGAAAUAAAGACUUCAGACACAGCAACAAUCCAGCGCAUAAGUACUACCUGGCGACAGACCCGAUGUCGGGGCAGCUGUACGUGUCCGAUACGAACUCACGCAGGAUCUUUAGACCCAAAGUUCUGACAGGAGUGAAGGAGCUGCUGCAGAACGCUGAGGUGGUGGCAGGAACCGGAGAACAGUGCUUACCCUUCGACGAGAACCGCUGUGGGGACGGAGGGAAGGCCACCGAGGCUCUCCUGCUGGGUCCUAAAGGCAUUGCGGUGGAUAAAAAUGGAUUAAUCUACUUCGUUGACGGGACGAUGAUCCGCAAAGUGGACCGUAACGGCAUCAUAUCAACAUUGCUGGGGUCGAACGAUCUGACCUCUGCACGACCUUUGACCUGUGACACAAGCAUGCAUAUCGGGCAGGUGCGUUUGGAGUGGCCAACAGACUUGGCCAUCAACCCCAUGGAUAACUCGAUUUAUGUGCUCGACAACAACGUUGUACUUCAGAUCACGGAGAACCGGCAGGUGCGGAUCGUAGCGGGACGCCCCAUGCACUGUCAGGUUCCGGGCAUCGAGUACGCUCUGGGAAAACGUGCCAUCCAGACCACCCUGGAGGGCGCCACGGCCAUCGCCGUGUCCUUCAGCGGCGUGCUGUACAUCGCCGAGAGCGACGAGAAGAAGAUCAACCGGGUACGGCAAGUGAGCACAGACGGAGAGAUCACGCACCUGGCAGGGGCGCCAUCCGAGUGCGACUGCAAAAACGACGCCAACUGUGACUGCUACCUCACGGGAGAUGGCUACGCUAAAGACGCUAGGUUAAACGCCCCGUCUUCGCUGGUUGUCUCUCCUGAUGGAACCCUUUACGUCGCCGAUCUGGGCAACAUUCGUAUCCGAGCCAUCUCGCGCAACCGUCCUCCUCUGGCGUCGUCCGGGUUUCAUGAAGUGGCCUCUCCAGCGGCGCAGGAGCUCUACAUUUUCGAUGUGAACGGCACGCACCAGCACACCAUGAGCCUCGUCACCGGUGACUACAUGUACAACUUCAGCUACAGCAACGAGGGUGACGUCACCGCCGUCGCCGACGGCAACGGCAACACGCUGCGCAUCCGCCGGGACCCCAACCGCAUGCCCGUGCGCCUCGUCGCCCCCGACAACCAGGUGAUUUGGAUCACCAUUAGCACCAACGGAGGCCUGAAGACGCUAACGGCACAGGGACAGGAGCUCACGCUCUUCACCUACCACGGCAACAGCGGGCUGCUCGCCACCAAGAGCACCCAGAUCGGCUGGACGACCUUCUACGACUAUGACAGUGAAGGAAGGCUGACAAACGUCACCUUCCCCACAGGAGUUAUCACCAGCCUGAUCGAGGAGAUGGACCGAGCGCUCACAGUGGAUAUUGAGACUUCCGGAAGAGACGAUGAUGUCAGCAUUACCACAAACCUCUCCUCCAUCGACUCGUUCUACACACUCGUACAAGAUCAGUUGAGGAACAGCUAUCAGGUGGGUUAUGACAGUUCUCUGAGGGUCAUCUACGCCAACGGCAUGGACUCCCACUACCAGACCGAGCCUCACAUCCUGGCGGGUGCAGCAAACCCUACGGUGGCCCGGAGGAACAUGAGCCUCCCUGGAGAGAAUGGCCAGAACCUUGUGGAGUGGAGAUUCAGGAAGGAGCAGACCAGGGGCAAGGUCAUAGUGUUUGGACGCAAGCUGAGGGUGAACGGGAGGAACCUGCUGUCGGUGGAUUACGACCGCACUUUGAAAACGGAGAAGAUUUAUGAUGACCAUCGUAAAUUCCUGCUGAAGAUCGUGUACGAUGCGGCGGGUCAUCCUGCGCUCUGGGUUCCCAGCAGUAAACUCAUGUCCGUGAACCUGACCUACUCGAGCAGCGGCCAGGUGACGAGCAUCCAGCGAGGGGCGACUGCAGAGAGGGUGGAGUACGACAGCCAGGGACGCAUCAUCUCCAGAACCUUUGCUGAUGGCAAGUCGUGGAGCUAUACCUACCUGGAUAAGUCUAUGGUGCUCCUUCUUCACAGCCAGCGACAGUACAUCUUCGACUUCGACCUGCAAGACAGGCUCUCUGCCAUUACAAUGCCCAGCGUCGCACGUCACACCAUGGAGACCAUCAGAUCUAUCGGCUACUACCGCAACAUCUAUCAUCCACCUGAGAGCAACGCCUCGGUCACUGUGGAUUACAGCGAGGACGGACAGCUCCUCCGCGUGGCACACCUGGGCACCGGACGCCGCAUCCUCUAUAAGUACAGAAGGCAGAACAAGAUCUCAGAGAUCCUUUAUGACACCACACGUGUGAGUUUUACAUAUGAUGAGACAUCUGGCGUUCUAAAGACGGUGAACUUGCAAAGUGAAGGAUUUAUCUGCUCCAUCCGAUAUCGUCAGAUUGGCCCGCUGGUAGACAGACAGAUCUUCCGAUUUAGCGAGGAUGGCAUGGUCAAUGCCCGCUUUGACUACUCUUACGACAACAGCUUCCGGGUCACCAGCAUGCAAGGGGUCAUCAACGAGACACCACUACCCAUUGACCUCUACCAAUUCGAUGACAUCUCAGGAAAAGUGGAGCAGUUUGGCAAGUUUGGAGUCAUCUAUUAUGACAUUAAUCAGAUCAUCUCGACGGCUGUCAUGACCUACACCAAACACUUCGAUGUACACGGCCGCAUCAAGGAGAUUCAGUACGAGAUCUUUCGGUCCCUUAUGUACUGGAUUACCAUACAGUAUGACAACAUGGGCCGCGUCACCAAGCGCGAGAUCAAGAUCGGACCUUUUGCUAACACUACCAAGUACAGCUAUGAGUACGAUGUGGACGGCCAGCUGCAGACUGUCUACUUGAACGAGAAGAUGAUGUGGCGGUACAGCUACGAUCUCAACGGCAACCUUCACUUGUUAAACCCGGGUAACAGCGCUCGGCUCACGCCGCUCCGUUAUGACCUCCGGGAUCGCAUCACGCGCCUUGGUGACGUCCAGUACCGCAUGGACGAAGACGGAUUCCUGCGCCAGAGAGGCACUGAGAUUUUCGAGUACAACUCCAAAGGCCUUCUGGUACGAGUUCACAGCAAGGCCAAUGGUUGGACUAUCCAGUAUCGAUACGAUGGACUGGGGAGGCGACUGGCAUCCAGGAACAGCCUCGGUCAGCACCUUCAGUUCUUUUAUGCUGAUCUGAACUACCCUACACGCAUCACCCAUGUCUACAACCAUUCCAGCUCGGAGAUCACCUCGCUCUACUAUGACCUGCAAGGCCACCUUUUUGCUAUGGAGAUUAGCAGUGGAGAGGAGUUCUACAUUGCUUGUGACAACACCGGCACUCCCCUAGCUGUCUUUAGCAGUAAUGGGCUGCUCCUCAAGCAGGUUCAGUACACUGCUUAUGGAGAGAUCUACUUUGACUCCAACCCUGACUUCCAGCUGGUAAUUGGCUUCCAUGGAGGAUUGUACGACCCACUUACAAGGCUCCUUCACUUUGGAGAAAGAGACUAUGACAUUCCUGCUGGCCGCUGGACCACCCCAGAUAUUAGCACCUGGACCAGAGUGGGAAAAGAUCCUGCCCCUUUUAACCUGUACAUGUUUCGCAACAACAACCCUAUUAGUAAAGUGCAUGAUGUCAAAGAGUAUGUCACAGACGUCAACAUCUGGCUGGUAACAUUUGGCUUUCACCUUCACAAUGCCAUCCCUGGAUUCCCGAUUCCUAAAUUCGAUCUCACGCAGCCAUCACUGGAGAUGAGAAAGAGUCAGCUCUGGGAUGACCUUCCGGCCAUCUCAGGCGUCCAAGAGGAAGUGACACGUCAGGCCAAGGCGUUCUUAUCUUUCGAGAGGAUGCCAGAGAUUCAGUUUAGCCGGCGGCGCUCUGCACGGGAUAAACCCUGGCUGUGGUUUGCCACUGUUAAGUCAUUAAUUGGUAAAGGCGUGAUGCUCGCAAUCACCAGCAAAGGCCAAGUGGCAACGAACGCUCUGAACAUCGCCAACGAAGACUGCAUCAAGGUGGCAGCUGUGCUGAACAAUGCCUUCUACCUGGAAGACCUGCACUUCACGAUCGAGGGUCGCGAUACACAUUACUUCAUCAAGACCAGCCUUCCCGAAAGUGACCUCGGGGCUUUACGGCUGACAAGUGGGCGCCGCAGCUUGGAGAACGGUGUCAACGUGACCGUGUCGCAGUCGACCACGGUGGUGAACGGGCGUACGCGGCGAUUCGCAGACGUCGAGCUCCAGUACGGCUCACUCGCCCUGCAUGUCCGCUAUGGCAUGACACUUGAUGAGGAAAAGGCACGGGUGCUGGAGCAGGCUCGUCAGAGAGCUCUAGCAAGCGCGUGGCAAAGAGAACAGCAAAGGGUCCGAGAGGGCGAGGAAGGUGCCAGGCUCUGGACCGAAGGUGAGAAACGGCAACUCCUGAGCUCAGGAAAGGUUCUGGGCUACGACGGCUACUACGUGCUCUCUGUAGAGCAGUACCCCGAGCUAGCCGACAGCGCCAACAACAUCCAGUUCUUGAGGCAGAGCGAGAUUGGGAAGAGGUAACAACCGACUGCAGGGCGAUGCUUUAGCUGGGAAGAAGUACCAACAGACUGCACUGUGCCUAGCUGCCUCUCUCGUUUAUCACGUAGAAAAGACAUGAGAUGAGCUCCGUAACCGACAUGUCUCUCCCUCUGCAGCAUCGAAAUGAACUCUUUCCCGAAAGCACUCGAUAAGAACGUUUUUUUUUUAAAAACUUCUGGAGGUAACAGACUGUUACUUAGCUGACAGUUUUCUCAGACUGAAGAGCGAAAAGAAGAGAAGUACUGACUCAAGCGCUCAGUCCUGCCUCAGUUGCCUCACACUCUCUUGCCCAAAUACCCCUCUCUAUACCGAAUAUACUCACUAAUAGCCCCCGCCCCCAAACACAGGGUAGACAGACGCUGCCUCUCUAUGUUACCGUGUACAAAAACCCUGAGACGAGCUCCGUAAAAAGUCACGCUGCAGCAUUGGGCAGAUAAGCAAACCCUCUCAGAAGAUUAAAAAUUUUUAAAAACUCUUCAAUCUGAAUCUUUUUUUGUGCUUUUUCUUUUUGUAUAAAAUUCUUAACGGUGGUACGCAUAAUGGAAUUUUAAAAAAAGGAAGAAAAUAAGGAGCGUGUUUACAAAACCACUGCACUUGGCUAACGGACUAACGUGUACAGAGCCUCUGGGUCGCAUCUCUCACUCUGAAAGUUCUUCUUGCUAUCAGUAAAAAAAAAAGUUUUGUGGAUUUUUCGGAUAGCGAGACAUACAGCCGUACACAGAACUGAAACGGCACGCGAUUCUUUCCUGCUUCGCUUUCUUUUAAGGACGUUGUUACGAUUCAAGUAUUCAGUCGAGUCUGCGUGUUCAAUGUCAUUGCUGAACCAGCUGGCGGAUGUAGAGUAGAGAGCAAAACAAAAUGAAAAAAAAAAUUAUAUAUCAUACCUGGCCUGUCUUUUGACAAGAGAUGUGAGAGUAUCUUUAUGGAUUUUUUUUUUUAAACUUGAAAAAAAAUCCACUUAUCCGUACAUCAAUAUUAGUCUCAGAGAAAAUAAUUUAUGUACAGUGUUUAUACAUACAUACAAAAAAAAACACACACAAAAAUAAAACCUUGACUGAUGUUGACUUUCUUUUUUUUCCCCCGUCUUGUCAUGCAUUACUGUUUACACUUCAUGAAGUUUAAUAUUUGAUCUUAUCAGAAUUUAUGGUAAUGCUAAUUGAAAUAAAAUCAGCUGUACUGUCUCAUUAAUCGCCACAUUUUCAUCUCUUACAGUUUUUUCUUUUUGCACAUGUUUUUUUUGUUUUAAAGUUCUUGUCUGGUUUCGUUGCUUAGCUGCGUUUUGUCACUGUAAUGGAGGUGAUGUACGCAGACGAUCGGCAGUUCCGACCAGGCUUUAGGUAUUAGUUAGAAAUAAAUGGCUAUUCUGUUAAAUCGGUUCCGGAUUACUAGCGUGUUAAUAUCGUAAUUCUAAUCAGCACCGAGCUAAUCAUGUUCACGCGCAGGUUUGAUUUAGAUUUGAAAUAGUCGCCGGUUUUAGACGGAUAUCGGUGAGCACGCACGAAUCGGAGACGUGAACGGCAAACGAAUAGAGCAUCUGACAUUAAAAAUCUCUUUUACAUACGAACAUCGGUGAAGGAUUGCGAGUGCAAAUAAGCAGAAGGUGUGUCGAGAGUGGGUUUUUUUCCCCCCCGCUUGCCUUCAUUCAUACACUUCUGCCUCAUGGCUGAAAGCAAUUUAGUUUGGAUCGAGUUAUCUUACUGUCGCGACAAAUUUGACUUCUGAGGCCUUUGUAAAAAAAAAAAAAAAAAAAAACAAGAACAAAAAAAAACAUGAGAACGUACUGCUCUUUUUGUUUCUUAUUUAGUUUUUUUUUUUCUACGGCGAAGCCUAUUUUUGUAUUAAUGAAUACAUGAAUGAAAAGGCAUCUAAAAUGAACAUUAAAAAAAAAAGGGACAGCGUGGUUUUCCAUGGGUUUAAACGUCCAGUCCUUUCUGACGGCUGUGGUUUUGGUCCAAGCGCUGUGCGUUUGGCUGCUCUGAUCCGACAAAACAUUAAACUCCUUUCCUGAUUUGACAAUCCACUUGUCGCGCUUCAUAACAAAAACACGAUGCGACCAGAGCGGCUUCGUGACCCUCGAGUACUAAACAAAGUAUUAAAAAAAAAAAAAAAACAGCUACAUCCUGAGCACGCAUAACACCGCACGCCAUUUCACUGGCACAGACGCACUUAUGAAAGGCCGUGGAGGUUUAGUGAAGAAGGUAGAGAAAAAGGGAAAAGCGAACGAGGUUUGUAGCUUCGCCGUUUGUUGCAUGCGUAUGAUGUAAAACUGCCUAGCUAAAACCACUUCAACCCCUGUAAAGGUCAUUUUCAGAAGUCGGAUGUGAUUGAACGCAUUGCUUUGAUGGAUUAUUUACUAUAUAUGCUUUUUACUCCAGCUCAUUAUGUAACAGUCAUUUUUUUUUUUUUUUUCAAAAUGAAGACUGCAUCGAAUGUGUGUGUGUGUGUGCGUGUGUAAUGUACGGAAUGUUUUUUUUUUUCCUUAAUCUCAUAAUGCUCCACUCUGUCCCGUAGGACUGUACGGCCUCAUGAAGGUGUGUCAAAGUUUAAAAAGGACAUAAAAAAAAAUAAUAGUAAAAUAGUCCAUUCAGCCUUGUUUAUAUGCACUUCUUUCUGUUUUAUGGAAGAUAUUUCUUUUCUUUUUUUAAACAAAAUUGUUCCUUUUUGUACGAUAAAAACUGGAGCAGAGGUAAAAGCCGGCGCGAGUACAAACGGUCUCGCUGUCUGGCUUUCUGAAAGGACUACGAACGCGCUUCGCUCAUGUUCCUGUUUGUUUUUUGGGGUUUUCUUGUUUGUCUGAUGAGGUUUUAAUAAAAAUGUCUGGAGUGCAGUUAAGAGCCUGGAUACACAGACGCAUAAUACAAAAAAACUGAGAACUUUUAAAGCACUUGAGUUUGAUGCACUGAUUAGGCAAUCGUUUGCAAGUUCAAUCCACAUGUCAGUCUGAUGACGUGUUUUACUGCCACUUACUGUACAUACAUAUGGAAGGCAGCAGAGAUCUUAGACUGGUGAUCAGAUUUAUUAACUACUGACAGAAAGAAUGAAAGAAAGAAAGGCAAUGUGUGUGAAAUACGACGGUGGUGAAGUGUAUCCAGGCCUUUAAGUGCAAUUGUAUGAAACUAAUCUCGAGAAGGUCACUGCUGGACCCAUGACAUUUUUACUUUGCAACAUGUUAACGCUCCACAGACACCAAUCAUUUAAAUAAAAAUGUAAUACUCAAAA